UACAAAAAAGUAUUACGCUCUUAAACGCUAACGCUCGAUGGUUAUGUUACAAGUUAACAUAGAAAACCCAUGUCAAAAUAAGUACUCGCUAGCUUCGUGUUGCAUUGUGGGAAAUAAAUGAUUGACACGGCAGCCAUGUUCCCGCUGGACUACUAUUGUGGGUACUACGUGAUAAAUAGACGACCAGAUAAGCGGAAUAUCAAGAAGACAUUCUAAAAUCACAUUUACUCACGGGUAAACCUGAAGCAGCAUGGCUCGUACCAAGCAGACUGCCCGUAAAUCUACAGGAGGUAAGGCCCCUCGUAAGCAGCUGGCCACCAAAGCUGCCCGCAAGAGUGCCCCCUCUACUGGCGGAGUGAAGAAGCCCCAUCGCUACAGGCCUGGAACUGUGGCUCUGCGUGAGAUCCGUCGGUACCAGAAGUCCACUGAGCUGCUGAUCCGCAAGCUGCCCUUCCAGCGCCUGGUGAGAGAGAUCGCCCAGGACUUCAAGACAGACCUGCGUUUCCAGAGUGCAGCCAUUGGAGCUCUGCAGGAGGCCAGCGAGGCGUACCUGGUGGGCCUGUUUGAGGACACCAACCUGUGCGCCAUCCACGCCAAGCGUGUCACCAUCAUGCCCAAAGACAUCCAGCUGGCACGCCGCAUCCGCGGGGAGCGCGCUUAAGCGCCACCCUGUCUCUCUUGCCCUCCACUGUCUGUUGUCCUCUUCUCUGACCAAUCCGUCUUCCCCCUCCCCCCCCCUCCCUCCCUCCUCCCUCUCUUUUGUAGUUUUAGUGUGAACAGUGAUUAUGGCAAGAACAAAGUGUGUAGUUAUGUCUCUUUCUCGUAGUGCUCUCGGGAGCAGACUUUUAGGGUACUCCUUUGCGCAUGUACCAGUGUGUCGCUGAUCAGGUCCACACAUACACCCACACACACACAAUGGCAGGCCCCUUGCACCCCCUAACUUCCAAGAAGUUUGCUUUAGCUGACCUCUCUGGUGGCAGGGGGACCAGAUUUUCAUCAAAGGAUGUGUUUUUUUUGGGGGAUGACGACGACGACGACAGUUGGAAGGGUUCUUAGCAGUCAAGGGGUCAGGAAUCAUCUGCUUAAGGGGUAGAACCACUCGGGUUCUACCACCCGCUGCAGGGUGCUAGAAAACAGUAUGGGCCUCUCUCUUAACUUUAUCAGAAAAGAGGUCACGUCACAGCUGUGAAUGGCCAAGUCUGUUAUUGCUGUGAGUGUGAGUGUAUGUGUGCGUCAGAUCAGCACAACAAAUUGCAUACAGAGUCAGGGUGUCUCUUGAGCAAUUGUCUAUUUUAUUGCAAUAUUGACGAUUACUGUUAUUAUUUCAUUGGUGUCUGUUUCGUUUAUUUUUUUAAAUAUACAUACACAUGCUCUUUUCAUAAUACUCUAAAUAUUUGUAAAAGAAAGAGGUGGAGCAAAUCUGAAAGGAUACAAUUUUUUACUGAUUUUUUUGAAAAAGAAUAAAGAAAAACAAAAAAAAAAUCAAGUUAUCUUUAUUUUCCAAAAAGACAACUUCUAAAUAAUCUUGGCUACCAAAGGGAGUCCAAUUGCUUCAUUCCCUGGUGAAUUUGACUCUAUUUUUCCUAUCCUCCUCUCUUUCCAAUCAUGAAUUCGGUGGUGAAAUAAUUUUGUGAAAAGGCGAUGUGUUCUCUCCACUCAAUUUCUACUCCCCCUGUGUCUCCCCUCUCUGUGUAGUCUAGUCUAGUCAGGAGGCUAGGACAUGUGGUGUCCAUUAUGUUUAGUAAGGUCACCGUGUGUACAAUGCUUUGGGGCGAUGAAGUCACUUUCUUCAGGUUGGGGUGGUUGUUAUGACUAGACCUCAGAGAUCACCAUCCCCUUCUUUCUCGCAUUCUUUUCAACCAUCUUUGUUCCACUAUGUCCUGAAGUUCUCAGGUUGAUGUGACAACCUUUUUUUUUGUCUUAAUAGCUGGUAUUUUAUCUGAAUUUGAUUUAUUUUCUUUUUCGUUUUGUUUGGGGAAAUGUUCAAGAUGUUUAAAUAAACUUUGUUAAUUCAAAAAUAUUCUCAUAAAAACAUGGAUAAUAAAUGGAUGUCACACA